AUGACUGGCGGAAAAUCUGGCGGCAAAGCCUCUGGCUCCAAGAGCGCUCAAUCACGAUCCUCAAAGGCCGGUCUCGCAUUCCCUGUCGGUCGUGUCCAUCGUCUUUUGAGAAAGGGAAACUACGCUCAGCGUGUCGGUGCUGGUGCUCCAGUGUAUCUCGCCGCCGUUCUUGAGUACCUCGCGGCUGAAAUCCUCGAACUUGCUGGAAAUGCCGCUCGUGACAACAAGAAGACCCGUAUCAUCCCUCGUCAUCUGCAACUCGCCAUUCGAAACGACGAGGAAUUGAACAAGCUUCUCGGACACGUCACAAUCGCACAAGGUGGUGUUCUACCAAACAUUCACCAAAACCUUUUGCCCAAGAAGACUGCCAAGGGCAAGAACCCCAGCCAAGAGCUAUAG